AUAAAAAUAUUCAUGAGUUGAGUGAAUGUGGCAAAGCUUUCACAUGUGCCAAUUAUCUUUGCAGGCAUGAAAGAAGUCAUACUGGAGAGAAACCCUAUGAAAGUAUUCAAUAUGGUAAAGCCUUUGUUCAUCACAAUAGUCUACAAAUGUGUAAAAUAAUACAUACUGGAGAGAAACGCUACAAAUGCAAUCAAUGUGAUAAAGCCUAUUCACGACCCAGCAUUCUACAAAUACAUAAAAGAACACAUAGUGGAGAGAAACCCUAUGAAUGUAAUCAAUGUGGUAAAGCCUUUGCACGACAUAGUCAUCUCAAAAUACAUAUGAUUACACAUACUGGAGAGAAACCUUACAAAUGUGAUCAAUGUGGUAAAGCCUUUGCAUUCCAUAGUACCCUCCAAGUACAUAAAAGAACACAUACUGGAGAGAAACCUUAUGAAUGUAAUCAGUGUAGUAAAGCCUUUGCACAUCGUUGUCACCUCCGAGUACAUAAAAGAAUACACACUGGAGAGAAACCUUACAAAUGUGAUCAAUGUGGUAAAGCCUUUGUAGGUCAGAAUGAUCUUAAGAGACAUGAAAGAGUUCAUACUGGAGAGAAACCUUACAAAUGCAAUGAAUGCGGUAAAGCCUUUGGAUGUAAUGCCAGUCUCCGUACACAUAAAACAACACAUACUGGAGUGAAACCUUAUGAAUGUAAGCAGUGUACUAAAUCCUUUGCCUCUCAUGGUCAACUUCAAAAACAUGAAAGAAUUCAUACUGGAGAGAAACCUUACAAAUGUAAUCACUGUGGUAAAGCCUUUGCCUCUCAUGAUAAAGUUCAAAAACAUGAAAAAAUUCAUACUGGAGAGAAACCUUACAAAUGUAAGCAAUGUACUAAAUCUUUUGCCUCUCAUGAUAAACUUCAAAAACAUGAAAGAAUUCAUACUGGAGAGAAACCUUAUGAAUGUAAGCAAUGUAGUAAAUCCUUUGCCUCUUCUAAUAAACUUCAAAAACAUGAAAGAAUUCAUACUGGAGAGAAACCUUACAAGUGUGAUCAAUGUAGUAAAGCCUUUGCAUAUGAAAGUUAUUUACAAGUUCAUAAAAAAACACAUACUGGAGAGAAACCNUACAAAUGUAAUGAAUGUGGUAAAGCCUUUGCACGACANAGUCAUCUCAAANUGCAUAAAAUAACACAUACUGGAGAGAAACCUUAUAAAUGUAAUCAAUGUGGUAAAGCCCUUGCAUAUCAUAGUACACUCCAAGUACAUAAAAGAACACAUACUGGAGAGAAGCCCUAUGAAUGUGAGCAAUGUGGCAAAGCCUUUGCAUAUCAAAGUUCUUUCCAAGUACAUAAAAGAAUACAUACUGGAGAGAAACCCUACAAAUGUGAUCAAUGUGGUAAAGCCUUUGUAGGUUCAAGUGAUCUUAAAAGACAUGAAAGAUUUCAUCCUGGGAGAGAAACCUCACAAAUGUGAUCAAUGUUUUAAAGCCUUUUCAUACCAUUGUCAUCCUCGAAUGCAUAAAAGAAUGCAUACUAAAGAGUAACCCUAUGAAUAUAACCANUGUGGUAAAGCCUUUACAGUGAUCUUGAAAGGUGUGGUGGACUAAAUAUACUUGUCNCAUGACAAGUGGCAGUAAUAGGGAGUAUGGCCUUUCUGGAGUAGAUGUGGUGUUUGAGAAAGUCUGGCACUGUGUGCUUGGACCUUGAGAUCCUAUGCUUGGACCUUGAAAUCCACACAGGGCAGAAGAGUCUUCUGGCUUCUGAUCAAGAUGUAGAACUCUUGUCUCCUCCAGCACCAUGUCUGCUUGGACACUGCCAUUCUUUUCACCUUGAUGAUAAUAGACUGAACCUCUGAAUCUAGACCCAAUUAAAUGUCCUUUAUAAGAGUU